UAUUAUAAUCUCUCUACUACCACAGACUAACUAGUAAUCUGAAUCUGUGGUACUACGGUGGGCCCUGUUCAAGUCGCAAAGACGUCUCCAAGGAUUUCACGUUGUAAAACUUGUAAGCCAACAUGAGCAAACCAAAAAAGUGUCAAGCAAAAGAGAGUUUGGAGAGAAUGAAUUAUCUGUAUCAAAUUGCAAAUGAACUCAUGGCAAGCAACUCUACCAACAGUGCUCUCUCCAAAAGUUGUUCAAACCUUAUGAUCCAAGUUUCGAAGAAAACUGUUCAGCGAAUUGAUGUAGACAUAAAGAGAAGAAUUUGCAAAGGUUGCAAAUCGAUAUUAUUACCAGGUGUUAACUGUAAAGUCAGAAUUAAAAAGAAAAUUGUGAAAUGGUCCUGUUGUACAUGCCAGAAUCUCAAAGUAUUUCCAUCUAGAAAUGAAAAUCCAGUUUGGAGCCAGAAUGAAGAAAGUAUAGUUGAAGUAUUAAAUUAUGAAAACAAUUGAUUUGUUAUAAUUACAUUUCGUUUGUAAUUUAUGAGAUUAUAUUUGACAAGAUGUAUUUAAUGCAAAUGCAGUUUAAGAAAAGAAAGUAUGGAUGAUAUCCAUAUUUGUGGGAAAAGUUGAUAUCAUUACAUAUUGUUGACUCAACUCAUGAAAGCCUUUAACAUUUGGGCUAUUGUCAUUAUGGCCAUGUGGAUUUAUUUAUAUUGUUAUAAUUAAAUAAAAUCUUGAUUGGAGAAUUGAAACGAACUUCUUAAAUUUUUUAUUACCUAGAAGUGGUUGGAAAAGUAUUUUUUAAUUAUGUAAUGUCAUUUGGCAAUAUUGUCUGAUAAUAAUUAAAAUCCACUUUAAUAAAAAAAUAUUUGUUUAAGUCA